UGAGGCUUUAAUGCUAAUUAUUUGACUGAUAUUGUUCUGUGGAAUCUAUUGUAUCUUUAAAUAAUAUUUGCAGUCAUGAUUAUUUUGCGCAGCUUGCAAACUUGUGUUAAACUGAAUGGAGUUUCCAGGAGAACUUUAUCAUUUGGUGAUUUAUUUGUUCAGAAAAUCCACUGUUUUAGGAGCUUGGGAGUAAGGAAUGAAUUGUUACAUGGAGUUGCUGGUGGUGAAGAAAAAAAUAAUUACAAACAUGACUCCCACUCAAAUAAUCGCCAUGACAGGAAAGAGUCCCUUCAGGAAAAGUGCCUUAAGAAUGGCUUUACUUUUGCUUUCCUGGGGAUUUCUCUAGAAAGUUUUUUUGGAAAAAAAGAUGAAGAAAAAACACUAAACCAAGAGUCUCCUCUCAUCCUCAUGAUCAAAGAAGGCAUCAUUGCUUUCCAUGAAAAAGAAUAUGAGAAAAGUGAAAUGCUGCUGCAUGUGGCACUCAAAGCUGCCCAGGACUUGGAGGACGAGCAGAGCGUCACUUAUAUCUUCGACAUCCUGGCCAACCUUGCCCUUCAGCUCGGCGACCACCGCAAGGCUGAGGAGCUCUUCCGCAGCGUCCUGCAGCGGCAUGCGGCCGCUGGCGGAGACGUGUACGGCAACGUGUUCGUGGCCCUGAGCCUGAAGCUGGCGCAGUGCUACCUGGCCAGGGGCGCCGUCGAGGAGGCCAUCAGAGGAUACCAUUACUGCAUCGCGGCGCAGAAAGAGAAAGUAACGAGUGACGAAGGCGCUGACGAAGACACGCGGGUGCUGUACGCCAUGAGCUUGGAGCAGUACGCUCGUCUGCUGCACUCCAUAGGGCGCUAUGAGCUCGCCCGGACCCAUCUUCAGGAGGCCCUUGGCGUCUGCGUCAGCAUCAACGGCCCCCACCACCUCCAGACUGCGGUCCUCAAGAACGACAUCGGGUCGCUGUAUGCCCAAGAAAAGCGCUACCAAGAAGCAGCGGAGGAGAUCGAAGAGGCAAUCGCGGCAGUGCGUCGGGUGAUUUCCAAUGAGGCCGGCGAAGUGGCGCAGGGCAACCCGCCAGCACCUCGCAAGCUCAACGUCAUCCCAGACCCCCGCCAGCCUAGCGCUGCCACUAACCUCGCGACGUACCUCAUCAACCUCGGCACCGUCGAGCUGCUCCGUGGGCGGAGGGAGGCGGCGCGGCGGUCGUGCGAAGAGGGCGUCAAACUCGCGCGCGGUGCUGGUGACGGCGAGACGCAGCGGGAGGCGCAGAGCUGUCUCGAUGCUGUCAAGCGCGCCGCCAAACAAGCGCAAGAACAAGCCGCUAGUGUGUGAACUCUGGCACCCCGGGCACGGUAAAUUUGCUCGUCCUGUCGCAUACGAGAAAAGAAAUACGUAAACGAAAAUAAAACGUAAGGGCAAUUAGCAAAUUGGUUAAAUUUGGGAGUUAUCGCCACAUGUGCCAUAAUAAAACACUAUAUUCUUGGGAUACUUCCGACGAGGCUGACUCUUUAUUUCGACAGGUCAAUUUCACAGUCCCGCGAGCCUGUUUUUCUAGUCACUCGUUAUGAUCGGAUCAUCGGACGAAGAAUGACGUUUCCUUGUUAAAGAGUAGAUCCUGAUAUUUUGAACACAACGUCAGCGACUGCGGCAGUGGCAGACAUUCAAGCUACAACAUGGAUUGUUUUGUAUAUACGAGCUCCCUUGAUCCGUGCUGUGCCAGGCAGGAGUUUCUCGAGAUGAAUAUGCGGAAAGAUCAACCACAUGGGCACUAACUCGGUUGUGCGGAAGCAUCAAUAUCGAGUUACUCACGACUCCUCACGAUAGCGAUCAGAUCACAUGAAUGUAAUCGCUUAUGCGUGUUAGGCGAUGCUAGGUAGUAAUUAGGUGUUGACGAAUGCCGAUCAAAACGCAUUUCCUUCUAUGAGUAUAUCAAUAAUAAUAAGAAAUGAACUAUAAAUAAACCAGAGAUGUUUCAGAUUUAACUGGAUCAUUCUUGUGCUUAAUUGGGAUGUGGUAAUUUCAGUGUUAAAACAAUGAUCGAGGACCUUUUAAUAAUGAUUUUAUUAAAUUUAAUUUUUUCUCUUGUAUAUUAAGGGAUAAAUUAGCUGCCAGCAUUUUAUUUCAUAAGUGAUUGUCAGAAAGAUGAUCCACGCUAGCGCUGCCCAAAUUCUGACGCAAAGUAAUUUUUGCGCUAUCUUUGAGCUCGGAUAGCCUUGUUUGUAUAGCGUAUUAAAUGAAUUUCAAACUCUUACUUAAAUGAAUUUUUACAUAUUUUGAUCGCUGUAACAUAACUACAGAGAGCCUCGUUUGUCCAAGACAGGCUAGACUAACUCGUUGCCAGAAGCAAUGUAGCUUUCUUCGAGGGGUGAAUUAUAUUGUUGUUAAACUACUGUGCAGUAAUUAAGUGUAUAUUUUAAUAAAUGUACAGAGAUAAUGAAUAUAUGCAUAGUCUACA